AUGAUAAAUAUAACUCUUACAAGUUUCCAAUAUCAGAAUCCAAAAGUUUUCCGUCUCCUCCUCCGAUUCCUUCUCCCUCCUUUUCUUUUCGAUCGCCAAUUUAACCAUUCCAUGGCUCUUCCUCACCAUUUAGAUCCUCAUCUACAAGACUCUAAGAAUUUCAGAGACUUAUGCGGCCAGAUAUCUCCAGAAUUAGGCUUCAACAGCUCAACGAAUCUCCAUGACCAAUCUCAGCAUCCUCCGUAUAUUCCUCCCUUCCACGUUGCUGGUUUUGCACCGGUUGUGCAAGUCGAUGGCUCAGAUGGUGCCGAGUGGGACAGCUAUGGUCAGAAGAGGGAAAUGGAUUUCCUUGAGAACAAUUCUCAGAUAUCUUCAAUUGAUUUUUGGCAAGGCCGGUCUGUCUCUACCGGGUUGGGUCUCUCUCUCGACAACGCUCGUAUCGGCUUUUCUGAUGGCUCUGCUUUGUUGUCUCUCGAUGUUGAGCGAGAGUUACAGAGGCAAGAUGCAGAAAUCGAUCGAUUUCUCAAGAUUCAGGGAGACCAACUACGCCGUGGGAUCCUCGACAAGAUCCAGAGGAGUCAAAACAAGACAGUCUCACUCAUGGAGGAAAGAGUUGUCCAGAAGCUCCGUGAGAAAGACGAGGAACUCGAGAUGAUAAACCAAAAGAACAAGGAACUCGAGGUUCGGAUUCAACAGAUGACAAUGGAAGCUGAGGCAUGGCAACAACGUGCAAAGUACAACGAGAACAUGAUCGCUGCUCUAAACUACAACCUGGAGCGAGCUCACGGACCACCAAGAGUUAGCAUUGAAGGAUGUGGAGAUAGCGAAGUGGAUGAUACAGCGUCUUGUUUCAAUGGCAGAAACAGUAAGACGACAACGAUGAUGUGCAGGUUUUGUGGAGUGAGAGAGGUGUGUAUGUUGCUGUUGCCAUGUAAGCAUAUGUGUUUGUGUAAGGAGUGUGAGAGGAAGCUUAGCUCUUGUCCUUUGUGUCAAUCUUCCAAGUUUCUAGGGAUGGAAGUAUACAUGUGAUGUGAUAUUUGCCUUAAAAAUGAAAAACUCUAAUUAGCUAACGAACUCAUUUAUAAUUUGUCAUGUUUUGUAUGUUAAUAUCAUCUUCGGUUGUGUCCAAUCUUUUUCAGUCAACUAGAUGGACAUUACUAAUCAAAAACUAUUUCUUUAAUAAGACACAACAAGCUUUGUUACC